AUGUCUGACGCUGAAUACAAGGAGGCCUUUGCGCUGUUCGACAAGAAGGGCACGGGGACGAUUGCGCGCGAGUCGCUCGGCGACCUUCUGCGUGCGUUGGGACAGAACCCUACACAGGCCGAGGUGGCGGAUCUGGCCAACACGGCGCCCAAGGACAUCGACUACAACUCGUUCCUCAACAUCCUCAACCGUCCCAACGGCUUCAAGCCCGCCGGCACACCGGACGAGUUCAUCCGCGGCUUCCAGGUGUUCGACAAGGACGGCAACGGAUUCAUCGGCGCCGGCGAACUCAGAUACGUCCUCACCAGCCUCGGCGAGAAGCUCUCGGACGACGAGAUGGACGAGCUCCUCAAGGGCGUCCAGGUCCACCCUGACGGCAACAUCCACUACGAGUCGUUCGUCCGCCAGAUCCUCAGCCAGUAG